UGUACUGACUUCUGACAUCAAAUGUGCAACAAGGAUAAAUGAAAACAUAUGAGAGAGAAAUAACAAAGAGGUUAUGGAAACAGAAACAGUUAGCAUUUAGUACUCAAGAGAUACAUAACAGUGUCAUCUUUUAAAAUUUUAGUGUUCAGAUUCUUUUUAUUUUGUGAACGCGAAAGUAUUCAUUUCUUAUCAAUAUAUUUUUUGAAAUUUAAAAAUUAUCAAAGAAAUGUGUAUUAGUUGAAGUUAUAAUAAAAAAAAGUUUUACUUACACUAAAGAGAAAUACGUUUAUUCAAAAUAAUUUAAUUGAGAUGGUGUUUUAAACUUAUUUCGCAACGACGCUUAUAUGGGAAACAUAUUUCUUGAAACGAUUCGUAGGUGACAAAGGCCAAAAUGACGGUGGAGAAAAGCAAAGGGACGGAAAAGAAGGCCCCGCCGGCGACACAGAAAGUAGCACCGGACGGCGGCUGGGCGUGGAUGGUGUGUCUGGGUGUGAGUUUAGUUAAUUUUUCAACGCGUUCCCUCGAGCCGUCCUUCGGUUUAUUAUUUAAGGACCUGCUGGACGACCUCGGCGUCCACACGACGGGCGCGUCAUUUAUCGCCAGCACGCUCGACUCCGUGGUGAACUUCUCGGGUUUCUUCGUGGGCCCUGUGAUAAAGACAUUCUCUUAUCGGAAAGUCUGUUUCGUUGGAUCGACGAUAUGUGCACUGGGACUUCUCUUCACCGCUCCAGCCAACAGUAUAGGACAUAUAUUGGCCACGUACAGUAUACUGGGAGGGUUCGGCGUUGGUUUGGCAUCAGCGUCAUCGUUUGUGUCACUCAACCAUUAUUUCUCGAAGAAACGUGGGCAGGCUGUUGGCCUGUCUAUGGCUGGUACAGGGUUCGGUCUGAUGGUCAUGCCUCAACUAGUCAAACUGCUACUGAGUGAAUACGGGUUCAGAUGGACUGUUAUUAUAUUGGGCGCUCUGGCCUUCCACGCUGUACUUGGUUCAUGUUUACUUCAGCCUGUCAAAAGGCAUCUUAUUGAUGCGCCAGUCGACUGUGAGAUGCAAUUAGUAAAGGAAAUGGAGUGUAUACACGAAAGUGACGAAGAGGCCGAUGAUAAAUUCGAAAUAAAUCCGCUCGUCACGCAUCCGAUGCCGAAGUUGACCAAGCAAAGGUCUAACGUCAACAUGAACCAUCCCUCAGUCCGGACCGUGGGUCUCCCUCGGGCGAAGACUUGCGACAAGCCCCUCCAAGAGUUCGACGGCUCGGCCAACCCGAUCGCCGGGCUGACGACCGCCGCGUCGGUGGCCGCCAUGCAGCGCGUCACGUCCAGCAGCAGCAUGGCCGAGGCGGCCCGGAAGCGGAAGGUGUCCGUGAUAUCCAAUAUAUCCAACAUGGACUUCACCGGGAGUUACUUGCAGCUGUAUCUCGACACAGUAGAUGACGACACAUUACAAAUGAAAGCGUUUAAGAAAGUCGAGCAAGAAGUACAAAAGAAGCAAGGCUUCUUCAGGAAGUUUAUCGCGUUGAUGGACUUGGAUUUAUUAAAAGAUUGGUCCUUCUUAAACCUGUUGCUGGGCCUGUCGUUGUUCUGGAGCGGGGAACUACAGUUUAGGAUGUUGACACCAUUUUUUAUUAGGAGCUUAGGAUAUAAUAUGAACGAAACUGCAUUCUGUUUGUCCAUGACGGCCAUAACUGAUAUCGGAGUGCGCUUGGUAUUGCCGCCGAUAUUCGACAGGCUCGCGAUCACCAAGAAGAUGAUAUUCUUUAUUUCGGCUUUCUUCUUAGCUGCUACUAGAUCGGUUCUGGCCGAGCAGUCGGAAUGGGUGCCGCUGAUGGUGUGGCUGUCGAUCUGCGGGUUCUUCCGAGGCAUGUGCCUGAGCAACUUCACGCUGACGAUAUCGGAGUACUGCCCGCUGGAGAAGCUGCCGGCCGCCUUCGGCCUGCACAUGGUCAGCAAGGGCGUCUUCGUCGUCAUCAUCGGGCCGCUCAUUGGCUACGUGCGCGACUACACGGGCAGCUUCGCGACGUGCAUCCACGUGCAGAAUGCGCUCAUCAUGUCGUGCGUGCUGGUGUGGGGCGCCGAGUACGCGCUGGCCUCCGCGCGCCGCCGCAAGGUCGUGCAGAUCUAGGGCUCGGAGGCGGUUGCUGUUGGGCGUGACGCCUCUCCUGGCUUCUUAGUGUUAGGCUCAAAACUUUGCUUUUUUUUAGUUCCACUGGCCCCUCUGUUAGAUGACGUCUACCUAAUUUGACAUUUUUUUGUAUGUUUUGAAAUGAUCUUCGUGGCGAGGUCUUAGGGUUUAAAACGAUUCGUUGUGAUUCCAUGACUCGUUGAAUUGAGUAGGCAUUUGUAUUUCUCUUUUUAGGAACAUUUUAGAUGACUUUUCUAGGUAUUCAUUUUACUAUGAUAUUUUUAGACGACUGUACGUAGUUACGUAGAAAUUUAGAUGACUCCCUGUCUGUCGUUCAAAUAAUUCGGCGCCAAACGAUUGUUUCAGUAAAAAAAGCAAGUGAAAAUGUAGUGGGAUCCUAUGAAAUAUUAUUGAAAUUUGUAAUUAAACGUCCUUUAAAGAUUUAAAGAAACAGUCCAGUAACGUUCGAUGAAAAAUAAAAUAGUUACUACUUUUUCAUAGUACUUUCUUUUACAAUCGUUUCCGUAGUCGACAUACUUCCAACCAGUGACAUUUAUCAGUAGUAAACUUCUCUCUAAUCGUUGACAACUUUUACGAGUAGUAAAUUAAGACUGUAGAACGAAUGAGUGAAAGGAGUGAAACAGCAGUGUUUCAAUCCUGUAAAAACCUGACAUAAAAUAUUAUAUUUUUUAUCUUUAUAAAAGGCUAUUCACAAUCUGUGUUAUUAUUACCAGAAUGAAUUAUUUUUUAAUUGAC